AUCAACAAAAACAGAUUCGCAAUUACUAUCAAAGUAUUAGUGAUUCACGCAUCGAAACUGUAGAGUUUUUUAGUUCUGCAGCUUCUAUGAAAUAUGACGUGAUUUGUAUUACAGAGACAUGGCUGUGUGACGCCAUUGAUUCUUUGCACCUAUUCGAUGAAUGUUAUCUUGUUUUUCGAAAAGAUCAUGGUCCGUCGGCUAAUUUUUACAAACGGGGUUGUGAUAUUCUUGUGACUAUCAAAAAUUGUUUUUCGUUCAGUAAAUUGGAUGUUGAUGCUUUAUAUCUUCAAGCUAUUUGAAUUUCAAUUAAGUUAAAUCAAAGAAAAAAGAAUCUUUUAGUGCUGUUUACUUUCCACUUUCCAUUCAUGCGAACAGGUUGUGUGAGGAAUAUUAACAUGUUUUGAUUGGAUUUCUGUUUCUAAUUUGAUUCAUCGACUUGAAUUGGUUACAAGGGUACCAACAAUUAUCCCAUUCAUUUAGGUUUCUCAAAAGUAUGUUUCGAAAGCAAAAUCAACUCUUCUACCAUACCUAGGGGUGAUUUAAAUCACAGAAAUCAUGGGUUGCACUUUUGCUAAGACUUCGAAGAGCGGGAGCGUCCCUGACCUCAACCAUGCUGGGGACGCUCCGGGAGCCCCGCCUCCUCAAGAUCCUAGAAUACCUUUAACAGUCAGGCAGAAAUUCAGCAUCUCCAAGUCAUGGAAAGCUAUUGCUAGAGCCAUGGACACAACAGGAGUGGCCAUGUUUGUCAAAUUGUUCGAAGAGAACAAAGAGCUUCUCGCUCUAUUCGAGAAGUUCAAACACCUGGAGACCCGAGAAGCUCAGGAGGAGAGCGAGGAGCUGAAGGAGCACGCAGUCUCAGUCAUGAAUUCUCUCGACGAGGCCAUUAACUCCCUGGAGAACGUAGACCAGUGCAUAGACUACCUGAGGAGUGUCGGAAAGAGGCACCGCAAGAUAAACGGAUUUAAAUCAGAGUACUUUUGGAAAAUGGAAGCCCCGUUUCUUGCAGCUGUAAAGGAAACCUUGGAAGACCGUUACACUGAGAAUAUGGAAAGUAUCUACAAGACGACGAUACAUUUCAUUAUUCAGACGGUGGUCGAUGGAUACGAAGGAAACACGCAGCAGAACAGCGCGUAACUGCAAAAUCUAUGAAAGACACAAAAAACCGUCCGCUGCGACAAGAAAAAGUGACACUUUCUUUUUCCUAGUCCGGACACUACACGGACAGCUACAGAAGGUGGAUCUCAUCCUAUAAACGGCGCGCCUAUCCACAUAUGCAAGAAGAAAUCCGGAGGAUGAGAUCUUACCGAUGCAACGCUGGCCGUCAAACUUUUAAUGAGGGAGAAAAAAAAAAAAAAAACUGAUAUUCGUAUCAUCCUUUACAUCAUGCAUGCAGAUUUCAUCUUGAGAACUCCCUUUCGAUUUCAUCUUGAACGGCUAAAGCCUGCCUCGAAACUUUAUUUUGUUGAUUUAGCAAGAAGAUUUAAUGUGUCCCCUUCGGUGUGCGCUGUUUUCCAACGCUUUUAUGUAUUCGAAUUUGAAAAGCUUGCUUAAAAUUGAAAAGCGUUAGAAUCUGCUGAAAUUUGUUGAUGCAAAAUUUAUUUUCAUUUAAAGAAUGCCUUAGCAAUGAAUCGUGAUUAUUCAGUGUUAAUGAAUAUGAAAAUUUUAGAUUCAGUGCAUUAUUUUAGUCAUCUCUUAUUUGGCUAAAAAUAUGGAAAAAUUGUUCGAUUAUGUGAAUGGAUACAUUUGUUGUUUCAUUUAUCUUUUAAAAGACGAUUUAUUAAGAUAUUCUCUGUACACUAUGAGCAUUGAUGCGUCGUCCAAUCAUUACCCACAGAUGUGUAACCAAGAUGAUGGUGACGAUGAACUGAUACAGAUUUUCAGUAUCGUCAUUUGUCGUUGUGAUCAGAAAAUACUCUAUCGUCGUCCCCCUUCUCCUUGAAAAUAAAAUGAAAAUGUCUUUAAUAGUUAUUAAUUUGUUCAUAUUCGAAGUUUUUAAGCGAAUGUUUGUAGUCAAUUGGUGUUGCCUAGGACUGACCUUUAUCAUCUUGAAAGAUCAUCAAGUUAGGAAUAAUGUUCAUCAUGUACAUAGUACAAAUCACAUAUACCCAAGUAUUUUUGCUGUAUAAUGGUGCGAGAGUUCAAUACCAAAUACUUUGCAUUGCUAAACUAUGAACUAAGAAUAUCGUACAUUCAGAUAUCGGAUUUUUUUUUUCAAGCGUAAGAUACUUGAUCUUCUGCCAAUGGAACCUGAAUAUGUUGAGGAUCUGUAAUGUUCUUUAAUCGCCCAAAAAUUCCUGCAUAAUUUUGAAUUACCUGUGAGCUAUGUAUAUCAUUUACUUCUACUAAAUGUUUUUUUUUUUUUUUU